AUGGAGGCGGAGGGUCUAGGAGAACAGCCGCCUAAGAUGGGGACACCUCGAGACAAGAGAAAUCAGGACUGGUACUAUGCCUUCCACCGUGACGUCAGGCAUGACACGGAGGGGUGCUGGGCCCUGCGGAAGGAGAUCGAGGAUCUGAUCCAGCGCGGCUUCUUGGGACGAUUUGUGCGGCAAGGUCGACCAGGCCAGGAGCCAGGGCGUACCUACCACGAAGACAGGGGUGAGAGCCAACGUCGUGACCGCCCUGAGCGGCGUGAUACCCCUCGGGGCCACUCCCCCGACCAGGACACUCAGAACCUGGUCGGAGUGAUUAACACCAUCGCUGGAGGCCCCACGGGAGGGGAUAGCAACGCAGUUCGGAAGAACAGGCGGCCUCUCCCUGAGGGGGAUGAUUCCCUGAAGCGCCUGCGCAUGGACGAAGAGAUCACCUUUGGGUUGAGGGACGCGGUUCCCCUGGCAUCAGGAAACCACGAGGCCAUCGUGAUAGACGUCGUGACCAACAACUAUCGGGUGAAGAAAGUGUACGUCGACCAGGGAAGUGUGGUAGACAUCCUGUUCUACUGGGUGUUCAAGGAGCUCGGUUUGAAAGAUGGGCAGUUGACCCCGGUUCGGACACCUCUGGUGGGCUUCACCGGGCCGCCCAUCAACCCAGAGGGGAUGAUCACCCUGAUGGUCAUGAUAGGGCAGGCGCCCAAAUGCCGGACCAUCCCCGUCAAUUUCAUGGUGGUCAAGCAACAAUCCCCGUAUAAUAUGUUCCUAGGUCGGCCCGCCUUGAACGCCCUCCGAGUUAUUCCCUCCUCGCUCCACCUAGCGUCAAAUUCCCCACCCCGGGAGGAAUAA